GUCCGAGGAACACCGAAUAAUUUUUUAUCUUUUGCAGUGAUUAAAAUGUGUGUUGGUAUAGUCUUUGAAAUACAUUAAAUACUAAUAUAUUUGAUUUAUAAACUACCAUGAAGACACUUAAACUAUGGGUGCACAAAAAGAAGGCAAUCGAUAAACAAGGAGAAGAAAUCUCUCUUAACCCACGUGAAGUUCCAGACAUUGUGAUUGGAGAUGUGGUGGAAAUCUACCACCCUGAGGAGGAGUACAGCCGUCUCCUGUUGCAAGUGAAUAAUUUGCAGGAAGAUUUUGGACAAAAAGAUAGUGUUGUGAGCAUUGAGCAAUCAAUCGCUGCGGCCUUUCAGCUUAAAGCCUACAAGAAUGUCAUCAUUAACAAGGUGGAUAAAGAGGAGGUCACAGCAGAUCUUGUUGAAGUCUUGUUCAAGGACCAGUAUUACAGCAGGAGUGACAUGAACAGAUUCAGAAAUAACAUGAUAGGGACAUGCGUUUAUCUAAACAAGAAAAUUGACUUCUGUGAAAUGAGGGCACAGGUAAACGAGUUGUGGUGUAGAGGAGAGAGGGUCACGUGUGGGGUGAUUUCAGAGGACACAAGGAUAGUGUUCCGUUCGUCUACUGCAGUGGUUCAGGUGUUCAUUCAGAUGAGCUCCGAGAUGUGGGAGUUUGAUAUUAACGGGGAUCUGUACUUCGAGAAGGCUGUGAACGGCUUCCUAUGUGACCUGUAUGCAAAAUGGAAGGAACAAAACUGCCUCCAUGAUGUGUCUAUUGUGAUGUUUUCAAGGACAUUCUACGAUGCACAGUCACGAGAUGAAUUUCCCCCCUACAUGCAGGAUUGCUUACAACAAGAUCACAUGGGCAGGUUCUAUGAAGAUUUCUAUAGAAUCGUUGUACAGAACGAGCGUUAUGAUGAAUGGACAGGUACCAUUAAACAGCUUCGUAAGAACUUUUACGAAUACCCAAAGCGAGUUCUCAACUAUCACGACCGUCCUGGUUUCAAGGUCCCCAAGGCAAAGAACUCCACAGCGGCUCAAGGAAACUUCCUGGAAACAUUAAAUAUGACCUUGAACUUGUUUGAACGUUACUACUAUGACCGUAACUUUGACCGUACGGGAAAAGUUGCCGUGGUGAUUACGCCUGGGGCGGGGGUGUUUGAAGUGGACAGGGAGCUGACCAACAUCACAAAACAGAGAACGAUUGACUGUGGUAUAGGCAGUGACUUGGUGUGUAUGGGAGAACAGCCCCUCCAUGCUGCCCCACUAUUCAAGUUUCACAGCAAGAGCCAGGGAAUGAUGGCCGAAGUCGGAGAUGACUACAACAUACCACACUGGAUGAAUCAUAGCUUCUAUACAUCUAAGAAUCAAAUACAGUUCUACUCCAACAAGACAUUUGUGCCUAGAAUCAAGAUUCCUCCGGAAAUUUUUGAAAUGAAGAAAGUGAAAGAGCUUCCAAGAGAACAAGACAAUUUAUCAUGUGGGUCUGACGAUGAUAACUUUCCAUUUGUGGAUUAUGAUGAAUAUGAUGCCCAGGUGUUUAAGCUGCCAGCCAAGAAUGUACCCAUGAUGACGUAUGGAAGAUCAAACAAAUUUGGUAAAAAGCAGAGAUCAGAAAGAAACAUGGACCAAGUGCCACACACAGUUCUGGAAGCCAAGAUGUUGCGUGCGAAACGGCAUCGAACGAUUUCCGACAACAUUUCAAGUCUCCCUGUGGAAAAAACGGAGACAACUCUUGUGUCAAAGGCCAUGUCGAUUCCGUCACAGUCUAGUAGCGGUUACGAUGAUAUCUCGACCUCGAUCGGCUGUUACCCUGCCAUAGGCAUUCAAGGUAAUACCUACGGUUCCACAGAAGGCGACAGUUACAUGACACUGCGCCCGAUCGUUGGUAGUGCAGGCUCCCCUGUCUCCCACAGGAAGUCCCUCCACAAAUACAAGCGGCACCGGGCUCUCAUCAACCCAUUCGCGCCGUCCCGCAUGCAAUUUAAAAUGACAUCAAACAGACGCAGAUGGGUCCAUGCCUUCCCUACUGAUCCUCACGGCGCCGCAGUACAGACCCACCAUGUACACACGUAUAGUUACCAUGACAAUGCUGAUGAGGACCCGGACCUGUGUGAACUCACAGCAGAAACAAUCCAGGCUGCCCAGCUGGCUGUGAAAGAGAGAAAGGAACUGGGAAUCAACCAAUCAUCUGACAGCAUCUCUGAUUUUGAUGAUAUUUCCAUGUACAAAAGCGGAUCUCCUUCAAAAGGCUGGUCCUCAUAUGAUAUUUUACGGGGCAGCACAGGGGCUGGUGCAAAGGAUUUACGAUCACAGCACUCGUUUUUGUGGGGCCCCACAGGAGAACAAGAAUGGUCUCCAGAACUCACAACAGGCCAGGAUUGGAGACCAUUAGAUGAUGCUGAAAGCAGUAAAACUGAGUCGAGGCUUAUAAAGCCCAUACUCACAGCUGAUUUUGAAAACACACAAAACUUUUGUGCCGGAAUAAGUGUUGACUGGAAAUCGCUGAUCAUGCCAGCGUCGUUGCCGAUUACGACGGACUACUUUCCAGACGCAAAGAGUCUUAACAACGACUACAUGCUGUCGGAAUACCAGCUUAUUCCUGAAACACUCAACAGUGGUUACUUCACCAAUCCCCCUGAUAGUGAGGAUGAGCGAUAUUACCGUAAAACUCCCCUGACUACCAAACAAGUGUUUAACGAGAUGAUCUCCCAAAGAUUGGCUCAGGGUUUCCAGCUGAUAAAUAUGCUGAAGUAUCAUGGUCCCAGUCAGCAGGUGGCAGGUCAGGGCUCUCUUCCUCACCGCUAUAUUCUGGGCUCCAGCCCACAAGUUUCCAGCAGCAUGACAGGGCUUAGGCGGGCUCGACCACGGGAGGAACACAGAGAAGAAAUUUACCUGAGUAUUGGUCGCAUUUUCCACAAGCUGUCACUGGAGGGGCUGACCAUCACUGUCACUAGAUACAGACCUAGACAUCCAAAUGCCCAGCUGAGCUACAACUAUAAGUAUCGGUUUCAAGCCCCGGACUCGUACAACUACGAUGUCUCAUGGAGUGAGUUUCGGAAUGAGAAACUAGAGAAUUACAACUGGAACUAUCUAGAUCAGUACAUCUGCACUCGGGGAGAGGGGGACUUUGGAUUAAUGGAUUCAUUGAAGUUCUGGAGAAGUCGAUUCUUCAUCCUGCCUUGCAGCAAUUCUGCCACAAAGAAGAUCAUUGAUGGACAUCCCAGGUGUGAUAUCUAUGAGGAGAAGACGGGUGCUGAAUUGAAGCAGCUGUUGACUGGAUUUACAAAGUAUCUGGAGACGCUUAACAAGAUGAAGCGGACUGCGACCACCAGAAUAACAAACUGCAAGCACAAGCAGUUCCUUGACAAGAAUCCUGGUGGCAUUCCUAUGCCAGACACAAGGCCGGAUGAUGAAGUGUUGUCUGUGACUUCACCCUCAGACAAGAUAGUGAAAUGGAUGCUGGAUGAUGAGUGUGGCAUUCCCAUGUUACCAAAGCAACAAGGCCUACCAAAUCAGAGUUUUAUCUCGGCGGAGGUGGUGGAGUGGUGUUACUACCAUGUGAAGGGAGUUAAGGGGGUGAAACACGCCAUGGAAGUGCUUCAGCAAGUGUUACAUGAUGGCUACAUUAUCCAUGCCUCUGGAAGCCCCACCCAUCAGAUGAUCUACGGAUUCUACCUAUACACUUUCAGGGAGGGGAAAAAUGACCUUUCAUGCAACCCACUGUUCCAAAAUGAUUGGUGUGAGGUUGCGUUCAUGCCAGUUGUGGACAACGUCGGACCAUCAUACGUGAAGUUCUCGCUAGAAGAGGAGGGACAUAAUGCAGACGACCUGACAAUUCCUCCAGAUGACUGGCGGGUACAGACCGGGCUCAAUGUCAAUGGCAACACGUGGGCUCAGCAAUCGGAGUCACCUCCAGUGGGCAUAUUGUCUGGACAUCUGAACUCUGGGUACUUUCCUUCUCCCGAGGCCACAUUGAUGCACAAAUAUGUCAACGUUGAGGUUGAUACUCAAAACAGAAGUGAUCGUCCAGAGUGGGCAACUGCGAGAUACCACGCCUACUACAGCCCACUGAAUGGAUUUGAGCUGCAAGUUCAGUGGAUGGUUUCUACCGGACAAAUUCUCGGUGAACUGGUUAACAACUGGGGGCGGAAAGCUGGCAGCUGUCAGUUUCACAUCCUGCCUGUACCCUGUGACCCCUUCGCCCUCCCGUCAGCAAUGUUCAAUGACCCCUUGAGAGGCCCAAUAUUUGUGCCCCUUUCUGUGACAGCCAUGGAGCCAGAGGGAGUGCUGUUUGCAAACUACGAUGAGGACACGAGAGAACAGAGGAUUCUUCAGCUGCAAGAAGCCAUAAUCAAAAGGUUUGGAUUUAUGGGUAGCAGCGUGCGUAUAGGGGAGAACAAGGGGCUGCCACACAGGCACGAGGAGUACCAUCAAUAUGUGCACUGCACAGGCGGAAUGUUUAUCAUUAUUGAGGAAACAAAAGCAUCAGCGUCUACGCCCACAGUUAAGGAAAAAAAGGUCAUGACUAGUCCUGCGAGUUAUGGUCAUUCCGUAAAUUUUAGCGCUGCUCGAAUGACGAGGAGUUGCGAAAGUUUCAAAAAAUCAUCUGCGGAAAUGCGUAAAGACUACAUUGCAAGGCAGACUAGUCAGACAAUUGAUGCCCAGAAAUACGAACAAGAGGUUGAGAUCGGAUUCUUGUGGUCGUGGAACUUCAUGUUGUCAAAAAAAUGGCGGUCGUCAAACACCGGUGACGAGAUUUUUCAGGAUACUGUGUUGAGGGAUUUCCGUGCCUUCUGCUCAAAUCAGGAAAACAGGUUGUUUGAGUUUUGGUGCAGAUACAAGGGUGAUGACUUCCUGUAGACUGACACUCACCUCUCAUAGACUGAGACUUACCUCCUGUAGACUGAGACUCACCUCCUGUUGACUGAGACUCACAUUCUUUAGAGUGAGACUCACCUACUGUUGACUGAGUGACUGAAAUGUGAUUUAUUAGCUUGUCUGUUUUUCAAAGAAAAAAAGUCGAGGUAUUGUAAUGGCCUUGCUGUUAUUGUUGGCAUCUGCAGCGUGCAAAAUCUUUGGUGUUGGCUAGUACUCAAAUUCCAUUCAAGAUAUUCAGAUAAAACUUGGUAAAUAUGUUGCCACUGAAAAAAUAGCAACCAGAAGGGCGUUGGCAUCCACUAUAGGUGCCCUUGUUGAGUUGUUCGAUCUUUACAUGGUAUAAUAUGUUUUGUCUUUAAAUUGCUUAAUGUUGUUAUAUUCUGCCUGUCGUAUAUGAUUCUAUGAUUGUUUAUAUUGUAGCUUCUUCUGGAACUUGACACAUUUUUGUGCAAUAAAGUUUGAACUUAACUUUCAGCAGAAUCAGUACAAUUAUUCAUGGUAGUAUGACAUUCAGUAUAGAUUUAGUGUACAUGUUUAAUGAAAUUGUAAACCUUAAACAUGCAGAACAGGACAAAUUUGGAUACUUUUUCAUUAUGAUUAUUAAGAAAAUCUUUGUGGAAGAGGAAUUUUUAUUCUCAAUAUUCUUAUGGCUAAGUGAUUGUAUCACUUGACUUUCACUUAUUUUUAAAUGGCUAGAGUUUCAGAUCUCUUAAAAGCUUUGAGCUGUUUAUAUCAAUAUAUGACAGAAUGAUAAACAUGUAUGAAACACUAUUGCAAGCAUUUAACUUGUUCUUUCUCAUGCAGAUAAACUUGGAAGUACAUGUAUAUAUGCUUAUGUACUUGUACUGUACUCAGUCCCUCAGAUUAAAGGGUCAUGACUAUAAUGGACACUUACAAGUGCUUUAAAGGGACUCUUUCAUGUUGGAUAGGGCCAGCUAUGGAAACAAUUAAUUUCAUGUGUUAAGUAAGAGACGCUGCUUGUAACAAUGGUUAGUUAUCAUAAGAAGUUCAAAUAAAGGUUCUUUUGUUCAUAAAUGCUGACAGAAAAUACUAGAUUUUGCCAACAAGCUUUGUAACACUAUUGAACAUUCGAUGACUCUAGGUUUGAAGUCACAAAUUUCUACUCGCAUAUCUGUCAGUCACUUUAUGGUGUUUGUUCAUAAUAUUUUGACAAAUUGCGAAAUAAAUGUUGGCAAUGUUUAUUCAGUGCGAGAGCUCAAAAUGUUGCCAAUGUUUAAUCAGUGAGAGAGCCCAAAAUAUUACCAAUGUUUAAUCAGUGAGGGAGCCCAAAAUGUUGGCAAUGUUUAAUCAGUGAGAGAGCCCAAAAUGUUGCCAAUGUUUAAUCAGUGAGAGAGCCCAAAAUGUUGCCAAUGUUUAAUCUGUGAGAGAGCCCAAAAUGUUACCAAUCUUUUAUCAUUGAGAGAGCCCAAAAUGUUGCCAACGUUUAAUCCGUGAGAGAGCCCAAAAUGUUGCCAACGUUUAAUCAGUGAGAGAGCCCAAAAUGUUGCCAAUGUUUAAUCAGUGAGAGAGCCCAAAAUGUUGCCAAUGUUUAAUCCGUGAGAGAGCCCAAUGUGUUAGCAACAUAUAAUCAGUGAGAGCCCAAAGUGAUGCCAACCUAUAAUUAACCAGAGUGCCCAAAAUGUAUGCUGCCAAUGCAUAAUUAGUGCUAACUUAAAUCAGUGAGAGAGCCCCUUAUAUAAAAAUAAUGUCAGAUUCCAUGAUAUUAAACUGUUGAUUUUUAAAACUUGUUGUUAUAUGAUUAGUGUGCAAUAUUGUUGAUUAUUAAUCAUUUCAAAGUAAAUAAAUGUUGAAACAAUA